AUGUGUUGCAACUACUUUGGAAACUCCUGUGGGAGCUACGGCUGUGGCCUUGGCUAUGGCUAUGGCUGUGGCUAUGGCUCCCGUUAUGGCUGUGGCUACGGUUCCGGAUAUGGCUGUGGCUAUGGUUCCGGAUAUGGCUGUGGCUAUGGUUCUGGAUAUGGCUGUGGCUAUGGCUCUCGUUAUGGCUGUGGUUACGGUUCCGGAUAUGGCUGUGGCUAUGGCUCCCGAUAUGGCUGUGGCUAUGGUUCCGGAUAUGGCUGUGGCUAUGGUUCUGGAUAUGGUUCUUCCUGUUGGAGCUACCGGCCAUUUGCCUACAGAAGGUGCUAUUCUUCUUGCUGCUAA